AUGCCUAAGAGAUAAAAUCAAGCGUAAUAGAAUUUCUUAUCUUAAAGAUUUUAGAGUUUCUCUGAGAGCCCAGAUGUGUCGAAGACAAUUAAAGAAUUGAUUACUCAAAACGGAUUUUUAUUUGAGGAACACAGUGUGACGACCCAAGAUGGUUACAUCUUGAAAAUGUUUAGAAUUCCAGGAUUCUAGGAUCCCGCUACUGGUAAAGACUUUGAUCCAAAAGCUGCUGAAGGCAAGCCAGUUGUUCUACUACAACAUGGUUUAGAAGACUCUGCUGAUGCCUGGGUUGUUCAUCGUCCAGAAGUUGCUCCGGCGUUUGUUUUAGCCAGAGCUGGCUACGAUGUUUGGCUAGGUAAUAAUAGAGGAAAUAAAUACAGCGAUACUUCAUUUGUCAAAAAAUCUAAUUAUGAUUUCUGGAAUUAUGGCUACGAAGAGAUGGGAGACUACGAUCUGCCUGCUAUGAUUGACUAUAUUUUGACCCUUACAAAAAAUUAAAAAUUGGCAUUUAUUGGGCAUUCUCAAGGUACAAGUCAAAUGUUUUAUGCAUUAUCACACAAUGAGCAAUAUUUUGCUGAUAGAGUAUCAGUUUUUAUAGCACUUGGUCCUGUUAUGAGACUAUCUAAUGAGUAAUCAACACUUGUCAGACUUUUUGCUUCAAAUAUCACCAGAGCACUUUUACUGACCACAGCGGACACCUUUGGUGUCUAUGAUCUCUUCCCAGCCAACUAUUUAUAAACUGGGUCAAUGAGAAUUUUCUGUGACGUAUUGCCUAAAAUGUGUGAGUUAUUUUUGUACCUCGGAAGUGAUUCUGACAUUACAGUCGAAGAUCCUGAAAGACUUUAAGUUUAUCUUGGUCAUUUCCCAAGUGGAACAAGUUUGAGAACUGUGAAUCACUACGGCCAGACUAUUGCUUGUGGAGAGAUGAAGAGAUACGACUUCGGCAAAACCAUUAAUCUUUAAAAGUAUGGACAAGCUGAACCACCAGUCAUUGAAAUUAGUAACAUUUAAAAAGUACCCGUGGCAAUGUUCGUUGGUACUAAGGAUGAGCUUGCUAACACAAUUGACAACAGAUGGGCAAAGGACUAGAUUAAGUCUAUUGUUCACUACAAGGAGUACAAUCUUGGUCAUUUGUCUUUCUUCUUCGCCAAGGAUUACAGUUUCUUCACCGAAGAUGUGAUGGGAAUCAUUGAGAAAUAUCAUCCAGCUAAACCUAUUGUCGAUCCAACAUCACCCAAGGUCUUCCUUCAAUGA